AUGGUCGAACUGGGCCGUUAACCAACGCAUCGAUGGACACCUUAAUAGACCACCGGUAUUGGUGGGCUAACUCGCUCGGCCUCUCCCUUCGCGCAACACUUACGUCAUCAUGUCAACAGCUAACCCAUUCAACCUCACCCUUCUCUUCCUCGCUCUCGUUAUCAUCUCCCUGCCGACCUUCACCCCUUACCCCGUCCUCGAUGUCGUCCCCUAUUCCAUGAUCAGAUUGACCCAAACAAAGCUCUCGUCAUCCAUCCCUCGUCUGCUCUCUUUCACCGCUUGCCUCGAUCCGUGGAAGAUGUCAUCCUUUACACUCCCUUCAUCUACCAUUCAAGUCAACCUUACACCCGAUCUUACCCGAGAACAGCUUCUCAAAUUUCAUCCAUUCUCCUCUUGGUUGUCUAAGCUACAGCGCUCCCUUUCAUUGCAGUCAUCCUCACCUGGUCAUCCUUUCCAUCGGGAGGAAUAUUCACUCAAAUCCAUCACCGUCCAAUCCGUCGACUUCUUUGGCUCCGGAGACAGGAAGCGUAUCGGUUUCAUCAAGCUAUUGACUUCUGUUGAGAAUCCCAGAGGGGAAUCUAUUCCCGGAUCCGUGUUUCUCAGAGGCGGGAGUGUCGCCAUUCUCCUCAUCCUCGAGCCGGAGGGAACCGAGAGUGAGCGAUGGGCUGUAUUAACGGUUCAACCGCGGAUUCCCGCGUCUUCGUUGGAAAUGGUGGAAUUGCCCGCUGGCAUGAUUGAUGAUGCUGGAACUUUUGCGGGGGCUGCGGCCGCUGAGAUUGAGGAGGAGUGCGGGAUCAAGAUACCGGAGGACAAACUCAUUGACCUUACAUCACUUGCCUUGAAGGGUUUUACGAGUGCGGAGGGGGAAAGGCUCGAGGAAGCUGUUUACCCUUCUCCUGGGGGUAGUGACGAAUUUAUCAAGAUUUUUGCACAUGUUCAUAAGAUACCACAAGAUACGCUGAAGGACUGGCAAGGAAGGUUGACGGGAUUGAGGGAUCAAGGCGAGAAGAUUACCCUCAAGUUGGUCAAGCUUGAGGAUCUCUGGAAGGAGACACGAGAUGCCAAGGCUCUGAGCGCAGUUGCGCUAUGGGAUGGAUUGAGGAGAGAGGGUGGAAUUUGAGUCUAUUGUUGAGCUCCAU